AUGGGGCUGGGCACCGUGCCAAGCGUCCCCCCCCUGCCCCUCCUGCAGGCCCUGCAAGUGCGGGCACCAGGCAGCCGGGGUUGGCAAGUGGGGCCAGCAAGCGGGCAGCCCCUGCGCUACAUGCUCAACCUGUACCGGCGUGCUGCUGACCGUGAAGGGCGACCCCGCCACGGCCGCAGCCUGGGCACCAACACCGUCCGCCUGGUCCGGGCCAGUUCCCACGGGGGUCAGCCCUGGGCAGGUCGCUGGUACAUGCAGCCCCUCACCUACCGCCUGGAGGGCCAGCCCGAGGCCGAGCACCUCCUCCGAGCCACCAUGGUCUACCUGCCCAGCCUGCCGCUGGCCCGCGGUCGCCUCCUCUGCGCCCUGGAGCUGGCAGCCACUGGUGAUGCACCCGGGGCACUGCUCAGCCCUGCCACCCGCCCCCGUCAUGGCUGGGCUGAAGCAGAUGUCACUCCUUACCUGGUGUCGGGGAGCAGCAGUGCGGGAAGCCUGGCGCUGCGGCAUGUCUGUGUGCAUGCCGGCCGAGCAGGGGAUCGCAAUGCCCCAGUGGCCCCCAGCCACCCCUUCCUCCUCCUCUACCUCAAUGACACCCAGGCUGGGCUGGCACCUCUGGCAGCAGAGCCCCUCCGGCACCGGCGUGACACAGGAACACUGGCCCAUGACCUGCCCAGCUACCUACGGGAGCAGGGAGGGGAGAAGAGUGACUGUUCCCUACGCCCCUUCCCUGUCAGCUUCGCCCAGCUGGGCUGGGACCACUGGAUCAUCGCUCCCCACCGCUACAACCCGCGCUACUGCAAGGGCGCCUGUCCCCACCUGCUCCGCUAUGACUACCAUGCGCCCAACCAUGCUGUGGUGCAGAGCUUUGUCCAUCAGCUGGUGGAUGCCAACGUACCCCGGCCUUCCUGUGUCCCCUACCGCUACAGCCCCAUCAGCGUCCUCAUGAUUGAGCGUGACGGCGGCAUCCUCUACAAGGAGUACGAGAACAUGAUUGCAGAGUCCUGCACCUGCCGGUAA